GUUUUAAUCUCACUUAGUGGGUGAAAUUCGUGUAACCGGGUAAUUGCUGUGGUGGGUUUGGCUUGUAUUUCCGCCAAACCACAACGUGCCAUGGUGCUGAAUAAAAGCAAGGCAGAGGCAGAAGCUGAGAAGUGCAGUCAGCUUCUCACCAAGAGGACCAUGCUGUCUCCGAGCCUUGCUCUCCUGGUGUUCAUCUUCACCGCCAAGUCAGGUGACGGAGCCCAAAUCAUCGGAGGGACAGAGGUGACCCCUCACUCCCUGCCCUACAUGGCUCUGGUGGAAUCAGGAAGUAAAUGUGGCGGGACCCUGAUCCACCCGAAAUGGGUCCUGUCUGCUGCACACUGUGCCCGCGAGACGAUGAAAGUGACUCUGGGGGUUCACAAUAGAAAAAAAGAACAGCAGGAACAGAGUGUUCGACAAGUCAGACCAGUGACACGGAAGGUGAUCCAUCCUGACUAUAAGAAACCUAAUAAGGGAAUUUAUUUCAACGAUCUGAUGUUGCUGGAGUUGGAGUCACCUGUGAAGGAAACUGACUACGUGAAACCUGCCAUCAUCAACACCCCACCAAAUUACCCCACAGCUGGCAAGACCUGCUUGGUGGCCGGGUGGGGGUACACUGGCAAAGGCCAGUAUUUUUCUGCUGCGCUGAUGUCCACCACUGUGACGGUUUUUGACUUGGAGAAGUGCUCUGAAUACUAUUACGGCAAAGACCCGGGGCUCAACAAGGACGUGAUUUGUGCCGGCUCUCGUGGAAAGAACCAGAUCGGUGUUUAUAAGGGCGACUCCGGCGGUCCUCUGAUGUGCGACAACAUGCUGGUUGGAGUCACUUCCUACGGAGGGUUAAACCAUGCUGGCGUGUUCAUGUAUCUCUCUCAGGACCGUGUCCAAUGGAUCCAAAAAACAAUUCAGUGAAACACAAAGAAAGUAACUGCAGUUGUGCACGAGUCAGUUUCCGGCACCAUGCAAGACUCUGUCAUGAAAAAUAAAACU